GACAAAUUCAGUUUUUUUUUAUUUUCAUCGUUCAAUAUAACGUAUUAAAAUAAAUCCAAAUAAUAAAAAUGACUCGCUCAAUCAUCUUUGUCUCUGCUCUUCUCGCUAUGGUUGCCUUUGUUACCGCUGCUCCUCAUAAUAAGCAUCACGAUGAAACCACUGAUGUUACAAUCAAGAAGAAUGGUGCUCACGUUUUGGAUAUUCCUGAUCUCCAAAUUGUAGACGUUAUCAACAACAUUCCUAUCAUUGAUCUUAAUUUAUCUUCUGAGCAUAUUUUGGAGGACAAUGCCAAAUAA